CGUUACUUUUCCCCGCACCUUUCCCCUUUAAAACCACCAAAACACAAAAAAAUCAAAUCAUCAUCUCAUAACAACAUGGCUCCUAAAACAUUUGCACAUCUUUUCCUUCUACUUUCAUCAUUGCUUUCAGUUGGGACAUUGAGGAUAGUUCAUGGUGAUAAAACAUGGUGUGUCGCAAAGCCAUCGUCCACCGAUACCAUGCUAUUAAAUAACAUUCAGUAUGCAUGCUCACAAGUGGAUUGCAAGAUCUUGCAGAAGGGUGGUGCAUGCUAUUCGCCAGAUAGCUUGAUUAAUCAUGCAUCCAUAGCCAUGAAUAUUUACUAUCAGUGCAAAGGAAGAAACACAUGGAAUUGUAACUUUGGUAGCACUGGUUUAAUUACUAUCACUGAUCCAAGUUAUGGAGGUUGCCAGUAUAUGUAAUGAUCGGCAUGAAGAAGAUGAUGAUUUUUAGCAAUUAUGACCAUAGUUACCAUUUGUUACUUAAUUAGAGUUAUUUGAUGCAACAUACUUAAUUAGUCAAAUUUGAGACAAAAUGACGUGUUUAGAUCAAUAUUUUCUUGUCAAGUUAUAAUUAAUUAGUCAAAUUUGUAAUCCGAUUGGAGAAGAUUGUGAUUGUGUUUGAAAAACGGAGAAAUUCAAGAAUGAAAUCGAGUUGCCCCGAGGAGUAGACCAGAUUCCCAAGUUCCGGCUGACUCGCAUAAUUGUUUUCUUUCUUGAUUUUACUGUUAUGUAUUUGGAUUAUCUGAAAUUGUUUUCAGUUGAUAAAACUGAUGCGUAUCAUUUUGAAGUUCUCAAAUCUGUUCUUGAAUUUAAUUGGAUGUUGACUUUGAUGGGUACUUAAUUUCUUUUCUACAUAUUAAACUCACUAGUUUGGAUUUGUUUGGUUGUAAUAAUCUACUGGAG